AAACAAACGUAAAGCUUAAAUAGAUAUCUUUAUUUUGCCAAAUUAUUAAGAAAAAUAAAAAAUGAUAGUGUUAUCGUAGAAUGGUAUAUAGAAUAGGUCAUCUUCCACCACUACCACAAUCCAUUUGCAUGUAAAAGCAGAUUUUGUGCUGCGAAUUUCUAAUCAUUCUUCACUUUUUCUCAUAAAAUAUGGGAAAGCACAAGUCUUUAAGGGGCAAAGCAGUUCACUUUGUCUCUGAUCUCGCCACUGUCUUGCUCAACCCCAUCUCUGAUAAGCCUUCCAAACACCCUUCUCCUCCUCCUCCUCCUCAGGAAGAGGAAAGUGAGUCAAAAAAUGGACAGCUUAAGUCAAUUAAUGAAGAGGAUGCUGGGGAUUUAGGUGAUGGACCUGAUACAUCUUCGUUUAGUGCAUUCCUCUAUUCUCUGUUGUCUUCAGAUUCUGGACAUGAUCCAAACUCAGAGGAGCAAAAUGGCUAUCAAGAAGAGACGAGCAAUGCACCAUCUAACACUGGAAUGAAAGAGAACGGAGGAAGGAAGAGCUUAUUUUCUAGGGGUAAAAGUUCUCUUAAGGCUAUUUACCAAGCUGCUAGAAUCAGUGGGUAUCGAAGCCAGGAUAACAAGGUUGAUUCUGACAUGAAAAGUGAUGAUGAGACUGAAGCCAAAUUUGAUGGACUUGAAAUGAGGCAUAUGCAGAAUGUGGAAGAGUCUGUUGCUUCAGAAGUAGUUCCUGAAAUUUCUGAACCUUCGCUGCUUCUCACUGAGAAAAUGAGAAGUUCCCUUUAUGCAUUACUACCUGGACUUGUUCAAGGGAAGAAAUGGUUGUUGCUCUACAGUACGUGGAGGCACGGCAUAUCACUUUCAACUUUGUACAGAAGAAGCAUGCUUUGCCCAGGCCUAAGUUUGCUGGUUGUUGGAGACCGCAAAGGUGCAGUAUUUGGUGGACUGGUGGAGGCACCCCUAAAACCGACUAACAAGAAAUAUCAGGGAACUAAUAGUACGUUUGUUUUCACAAAUACACCCGGUCAUCCAGUUAUAUUCCGCCCCACAGGUGCAAAUCGAUAUUACACUUUGUGCUCCACCGACUUUCUAGCCAUUGGCGGGGGUGGCCAUUUUGCAUUGUACCUGGAUGGUGAUCUAUUGAAUGGGUCAAGUUCUGUAUCAGAAACCUACGGAAACCCUUGUCUUGCACACUCCGAAGACUUUCAAGUGAAGGAAGUUGAGUUGUGGGGGUUUGUAUAUGGGUCGAAGUAUGAUGAAAUACUUGCUUUAAGCAGAAGAGAGAUGCCUGGCAUUUGCCACUGGUAAGUGUCACAAAAGCAUGAGAUCAUUGUGUUGAUCAAUUGAUUUGUGUUCAAUACCGUUGGAAAUUUUCGUUCACUGACCAAGUUACAACCUGUGGAGCUUUGUGUUCAUGUCAAUGUUCUUUGUAUAUAAUGCUGUAUGUAAGAAAACACUAGUGCAGUUUUCAUGCAGUUUUGCACGUAGUAAAUACGGAAUGGAAAAAAAUAAAGGAAUUAUAUGGGUAUGAUUGAGCCAA